ACAUCCCUCACCCUUUAUCUCGCUAUGUACUCUUCCCUCAGCUCACUGAUUUAUCAUAAAGAUUGUGUGUGGCACUUAUAUAUGUAUAGCAGGCGGUGCCAUUGGCCUCUCUGGAAAUGAGGACGUCAUUUUUGUCAUUGUGGGGCCCUCCACCAUGUAUGACAAUCAAAACAAAGCAAAGAAAAAAAAUUUAUUAACAAUAUUGUUUUCUAAUUAUUAUUUGUAUGUAUCUUGUAUGUAUCAAAGACAACAUUUGGCUCCUUUAAACCAAAACAUCAAAUGGUCUCAAGAUUAAUAAUCAAAAACAUGAUUAACAAUAACAAAUACAGAUUUUUAUUCACAAAAUGGCAUUCACAAAAAAAAAAAAAAAAUAUAUAUAUAUAAAUACACAAGUAAAUUCACAAAUGAAUUUAAUGUUUUAAAAUUAACUAUAUAUGUGUUUGUUGAAAAGUGUAUUUGUGAAGAAUACCUUUGCAAUUGUGAAUCUUGUUUUGCAAAUUUGAAUUGAAUUGAAUUUGUGAAUCACAUUUUGUGAAUAUUUUCAAUUUAUAUUCAUGAAUUCAUGAUGAAUCUGUCUCCAUAUAAAUUCUUGACAAAUAUUACUAAAGUAGCUGACUUGGUUGACUUCUUGAGACCGCAGGAAACUCAGUUUGAUCUCUAACCUCUUUCUCUUUUUCCUUUCAGAUUCUUUUGGGAUGAGGACAUUAAAGUCAUCAUAAUUAAGUCCUUAUUUACUGUAAUUAAUCACUUUUCCUUUGGAAAAAGUACAACGUAACAUAAGAGAAGAACGGACCGAUACAGUUUUGCAGCGUUUUCUUUUCUUUUUGUUUUUUUUCCCUUCCUGUCACUAUGGACCCAGCAGUAACCCUCCUAUGCCUGGAGCAGAGGGACCGCUCCCUGGAAGCACACACAAACACACUUUCCCGACCGCUCGCUCUGUGUGUUUUACCAUUCCAGCCUAAGCGAGUGGUCUCGGGCACGCCUCCCAGGGAGCAGUCCUCGGAAGGAUUUCGCCGCAUUCGUGGAGUGAGUGCUGGUGAAUAACAGCUCGCCAUUCACCAUCGGCCCUGCGGAGGAGGACUUCGCCACCAGCCCCACUCCACUGCCAGAGACCAACUUACCACCACCAGCGAGCGACGCAACAGAGAUGUUGUUAGAGCCCACCGCAGACUGUGGAGACCAGCCACCUGUGAGAGACGAACCCGUACCGAGGAUAAGGACGGAGCCUUUCAUCGCCUUGGAGCCCGGACCACUGACAGUGUCUGACCAGGUGCGUGAGCCGGCAACACCAGUCGUCGCUAAGGGAGUGAUUGUGGAGAUCAAGGGCUGGGAGGAAAGCCCCGCCCACACCACCACCGCAGUAGAUGUGAGUUUGUUGAGCUCUGGCCAUUAUUUAGAAGAACUGAAGGAUUUGUCUGAGGCUGAUCUAAUAGACUUUUUUGGAGAGGUGUUUCCCAACUCCCCAGUAUCUCCAGCGCCCCCUAUAUCUCCAGAGUCUCCUGUUUCUCCAGCGCCUGUUUCUCCAGUGUCCCUUUUGUUUCCUGAGUCCCUGCCCAGCCUCUCUCUCCCGCCUCCUCGUCCAACCAGUUCCUCAGCCCCACCAUCGCUGCUGUCCUUCAGCCCUUCAUCUUCAUUAUGCCAGAUCCCUACGGUCUUCUGUCCACCAGCUCCAUCUCACACAGAGGGUGCCGUGUCUCCACCUCAAGCCUCUGUGCCCCCUGCUCCACCUCGGACAGUCGACACUCCGGUUCCACCGUGGCUCCUCCCUCCCUCGGCUUCUCCAGCCUCCCUUGUCUUUCCGGCUCCGCCUUGGUCAGUCGUCCGCCUGCCUGCACCUAUGGCUCCGUCUGGCUCCCCCUUCCCUCCAGAUCCGCCUACAUCCUCGGUCCCACUGGCUCAACCUCUGUCCUCUGGACGUCCGUCUUCACCUCAGAUGCUCGUCGCCAUGGCUCCACCUCGGUCUCCUGUACCAUCGGCUGCGUGUGGGCUCUUCGGCUCAUCGGCUACAUCAGGGUCUCCAUCGCUAGCUACGUCUCCGUUGGUCGUCCCCAGGGUAUUGUCUGCCAACGCGUCGACACCACCACGGCUCCUCCCACCUGCGACUCCACCCUGGGGCCUCGUCAUGGUUGGUCUCUGGACCAACAUCUGGCUCCUCCUGCUCCGGGUUUCCUCUUGGCUCCUCCCACCCUCCACUCCCCCAUGGACUAUUUCUUUGGACUGUGUUUUGUUUUGCCUGCCCCUCUUCUCCUCGCCCUCCUCCAGAGCAACCACUGAACUGUGUUAAUGACUCAAGUGUUACUACAUCCUUCAUAAGGAACUACUUAUUAUUUGGAUCAGUAUUCUAAAGUGAAAAACAUGAUAACUCCCUAGUAAUACAAUGAAGUCAUUGUAAGCUUUUGAGGUUAAGGUUUUGUAUAGUAGUUCAAGUACUAUGGUUUACCAUGAUCUUCACUUCAGAAUUAGUAAUUUAUUAUGCAUUAUUCACAUUAAUUUUGAAUCUGUAUAUAAAUAGUAGUUACUGAUUGGCCAACAGUGAACUACCAUAUUCAACUGAGUGGUGUUACUUACUAAUUUGUUAAUCAGAGUUUCUUGAGUAACACUUUAUUUUACAGUGCCCUUGUUACAAAUUUUAAAAAGAGGUGCUCUACCAACAGAAGAGGAGGUGCAACCAAAAAAUCAAAAUGCAUAUGAAUUGAACAAAGGUACAACACUGACUCUUACAACGCUCUAAUCUUUAUUCAUUAAAAAACAAAUUAAAAAAGAUGUUUAAUUAAUAAAGAUUAGAGUUUGUAAGAGUGAGUGUUGCACCUUGUUCAGUUCAUAUACAGUGUCCUUGUUACACGUUACAUGCAGUUACUAUAGUAAUAACUAUACGUAAAUCUACAAAAACUUAAUCCUAACCAUAACACUAUACUAAGGUAGUUAAUUAAUAUUACUCAGUACUUAAAUGUAUAAUUACACUGUAACAAGGUCACCUUAAAAUAAAGUAUAACCAUUUCGUUAGUUAGUAGUUACUACAUUGUUAAUGUAGUGAACAGCAGAUGUGAUGGCACCAGAGCUUCACAACAGACAUCCUUUUGUCCCACUUUGAUUAAUACAAAAGAGUGUGAUAGGACCAUCAACGACAGCUAAAGGACUAUUGUAAUUAGGACUGCCAAAGGUGGAGGGCAGGAAAGAUGACAUCAACGGCCUAUUGAUCACAGGCUAAUCUCAUCAUGAGUUGCCUUUGUUCACCUCAGCCCUCCAUGCCUGAGUCCAAGGUAUGAAUGGCCAUGGACUCCUAGGGCUGCCAAACCGGUUCUGGCUAGAGCACAGCAAGAAGAAAUGCUCCAAAAAAAAGACAAUUUCUAUACAUAUUGGCUUGAAACCACAAAAAUGGACAGGAAUACUGUAAGGAACAUGUCCUAUACAUCAUUUUACUCAUCGAGGAAACUGUGCACACACAGUGGAAACCCCACCUGGAAUAAAAGCCAAUGCAACUGCUCCCACUGAGACAGAAGUGUGAUACCUCAACCAAUUCACAUCAAGUUUGGACUCUACGAGUUCAGAACACUGCUACAAGGACUUUGAGAAAGGUCUGAAAAAGAAAUAAAGCAUUUCCAAGGUUCUAAAGACAUUGUUUUAUUUAACUGUGUAUUUUGGGACAAUACAACAAGUUUCACAGGAUGAAAGGUGGGCAUGUUAAGAGACGGACACCUGGAAUGCUGUGACCCAAUCACAUCACCACAUCAAGAAAGGUGGGGAUUUGUAAUCCCCUCCCCAACAGGAAGGAAUAAAAGCUUCCCCAAUUGAACAAACCCUCGUUCUGAGUUUCUAACCUGAUGAGGAAAGAACAACAGCACGACCAAGGUGAGACUCUUGCGAGUAAACCUUUCACCGCACGGAUCUUCAAGCAGCCCAAGUGCUUCUGCAGAGGACUUUGACUCCCGACCUGCAUAACUCAAGUACCUCCACCCUACAGAAGAUCCUACGGACUGACCACCAUCUGACCUACAGUUCUCUGGAUUACACAAAGACCUCCAGCACUCAGUGCAGCUCUGCAGCUGUUGGAAGGCAAUCCAGUCUCCCACUGCACACGGAAGGAUUCCAGUGGACGUUUCUCAUUCCCGGACUGAUCACCCAGCCAAGUGAAACGUAAAUAUAAGCUAACCAAACCUUUUCCCAAAGGCCUUGGCAUUAGGUUGUUGCUAAAUGAGAUUGCUAUUUGUGUAGAGACUGUUUAUCUAGGGUCAGCGUACACAGAUAGAUACAUUAGACACGUUAUCUGUAUUCAUAGUAAAUGCUUAUUUACUAUUUUUAAUACCAGCAUCCAGAAAGACCACAAUUGACUCCCUCAUAGACUGCUAAUUACCCAUUCAUUGCUUCGUCCAAUCCGUUGCUCAUCUACUUGGCAUUCAGUUUUGUUAACAUCCAUUUGUGUUGUAGUUUGUAGUUUAUGUUUGAUUACUGAUUCAAUUUUCUUAGUAGUUUAGUCAUUUUCCUUCGUAGUAUUUAGUGAGUGUGAUAUUUUACUCUUGUACAUAUUUUUGUUAAUAAAUUCAUUUUAUUGCAAACAGUGUCAUUCUUGUGUUGAUAAUCAGAGGCUCUACAAGCUCGCCCGAAUCUCACUAAAUCCUUCAGAUUGGUCAGAUGAUAAACUUCCUCCAAUUUAUAAAAUUCUAAUUCAGUCAACAAUCUUUCAUCAUUGUUCGUUAUUGUCAAGGUGAGAAUCCUGACUGGUGCCCCAAAAUAUUGGAAGGAAUCAUCUGACUCAAUAUUAAUAUUAAUACAAAAUAUUAAUAUUAAUAUUCAAGACCAUAAAUAACUACAUUUGUGGUGCCCUCAUGUGAGGCUAAUCCAAAAUCACUACAACAUCAAGUCUGGACUCUACGAGUGACCUACAGUUCUCUAGAUUACACAAAGACCCCAGCACUCAGUGCAGCUCUGCAACUGUUGGAAAGCAAUCCAGUCUCUCCUACUGCAAACGGGAGGAUAUCAGUGGAAGACGUUUCCUAUCGCCGGACUGAUCACCCGACCAAGUAAAACGUAAAUAUAAGCUAACCAAACCUUUUCCCAAAGGCCUUGGCAUUAGGUUGUUGCUAUAUGAGAUUGCUAUUUGUGUAGAGACUGUUUAUCUAGAGUCAGCGUAUACAGAUAGAUGCAUCAGACACGUUAUCUGUAUUCAUAGUAAAUGCUUAUUUACUGUUUCAUACCAGCAUCCAGAAAGACCACAAAUGACUCCCCAUAGACUGCUAAUUACCCAUUCAUUGCUUCAUCCAAUCCGUUGCUCAUCUACAUGGCAUUCAUUUUGUUAACGUCCAUUUGUGUUGUAGUUUGUAGUUUCUGUUUGAUUAUUGAUUCAAUUUUCCUUAGUACUUUAGUCAUUUUCCUUAGUAGUUUAGUCAUUUUCCUAGUAUUUUGUGAGUGUGAUAUUUUACUCUUGUAUAUCUUUUUGUUAAUAAAUUCAUUUUUAUUGCAAACUGUGUCAUUCUUGUGUUGAUAAUCAGAGGCUCUACAAGCUCGCCCGAAUCUCACUAAAUCGUUCAGAUUAGUUAGAUGACAAGCUUCCUCCAAUUUAUAAAAUUCUAAUUCAGUCAUCUUCUGUGAUUGUUCUUUAUUGUCAAGGUAAAAUUCCUUGACUGGUGCCCCGAAAUAUUGGAAGGAAUCAUCUGACUCAAUAUUAAUAUUAAUACAAAAUAUUAAUAUUAAUAUUUAAGACCAUAAUAAACAUUUGUGGUGCCCUCGUGUGAGGCUAAUCCAAAAUCACUACAUUAAUAUUGCACUACUCAUUUGUUUCCUGUGUAGUUGUUCAUUAAAGUGUUAUCGCUCCUUGCUGUACACGUGUGUUUUGGAGGCAUUGUAGAUUGCUCUGAAGGAAGGGUGAGAUCUUAUGCUUUCAAGGCAAGCUCACUAUUGCUAGCCUCUCCAAAAAUUACCUACCCUGCUUUUAAAUUAUAAAUUUGAUGCGAGUAUAUUCAUAUUAUGUGAUCAUAGCCUUCAAAUAACUCCUUUGUUGUAUUCAAAAUCAGUGGAUUUUCAAUAGUCUUUUUAAUUAUUUUGAAUAUCAUCAAAAUUUGGAAAAUAUCUAUAUAUUACUUUUAGCUAUACUGCCCAGGUGUAAUAACUAGUAAACACCAUGAAAUAUGCAUAUGGUAAUCAAAGAAUUUAAUAUAGAACAAACUUCAUAGUUGAACUAGUAUUACCAUCUGAUAGCAUCACUGUACCAUCAAUGAAAUUAAAAUGUAUUAAACAUACUUAAUAAAAACAGGAAAACGUGGUUUUAUUAGAAAGCUUUCAUCAGGGUUUUAUGUCAUCGUUUUUGCUGUGUAGCCUAACGUUAGGGAUACAAAAAAUUAAUCGAGCACAUAUUUCUGUUUUCCUUGU